GGCAGAGCCGUCGCUGAGGCGCUGUCGGUGUCGGGCAGCGAGGCCGAUGAAGUACAUCCUGGUGACGGGCGGCGUGAUCUCGGGCAUCGGCAAGGGGAUCAUCGCCAGCAGCAUCGGCACCAUCCUCAAGUCGUGCGGGCUGCAUGUCACCUCCAUCAAGAUCGACCCCUACAUCAACAUCGACGCGGGCACCUUCUCCCCCUAUGAGCAUGGGGAGGUGUUUGUGCUGGAUGAUGGAGGGGAAGUGGACUUGGACCUGGGGAACUAUGAGCGCUUCCUUGACAUCCGACUCACCAAAGACAACAACCUGACCACUGGGAAGAUCUACCAGUAUGUCAUCAACAAGGAGAGGAAGGGAGACUACCUUGGCAAAACUGUCCAAGUUGUUCCCCACAUCACAGAUGCAAUACAAGAAUGGGUAAUGAGGCAGGCACGGAUUCCUGUGGAUGAAGAUGGCAUUGAACCCCAAGUUUGUGUGAUUGAGCUCGGUGGGACGGUGGGUGAUAUUGAGAGCAUGCCUUUCAUUGAAGCUUUCCGCCAGUUCCAGUUCAAAGCCAAAAGAGAGAAUUUCUGUAACAUUCAUGUCAGUCUGGUUCCCCAGCCAAGCUCUACAGGAGAGCAGAAGACUAAACCUACCCAAAACAGUGUUCGUGAACUCAGAGGUCUUGGUCUCUCACCAGAUCUGAUUGUUUGCAGGUGCUCCACUCCUUUGGAUACCUCAGUAAAAGAAAAGAUUUCCAUGUUCUGUCAUGUUGAACCAGAGCAGGUCAUCUGUGUUCAUGAUGUCUCUUCUAUCUACCGGGUUCCUCUGUUGUUAGAGGAGCAGGGAGUCGUGGACUACUUCAGGCACAGGCUUGACCUUCCCAUUGAGAGGCAGCCCAGGAGGAUGCUCAUGAAGUGGAAGGAAAUGGCUGACAGGUAUGACCGCCUCCUUGAGACGUGUUCCAUUGCUCUUGUUGGCAAAUACACCAAGUUUUCAGACUCAUAUGCGUCUGUCAUUAAAGCACUGGAGCAUUCUGCACUGGCCAUCAACCACAAACUUGACAUUAAGUACAUUGACUCUGCUGACUUGGAGCCGGAUACCCUGCGGGAGGAACCUGUCCGCUACCAUGAAGCAUGGCAUAAGCUCUGCAGUGCUGAUGGAGUUCUGGUUCCUGGAGGAUUUGGUGUUCGAGGGACAGAAGGCAAAAUUCAAGCUAUUUCCUGGGCAAGAAAACAGAAGAAACCCUUCUUAGGAGUUUGUUUGGGAAUGCAGCUGGCCGUGGUGGAGUUUGCACGCAAUAUUCUCGGGUGGCAAGAUGCUAACUCGACAGAAUUUGACCCCAAAACUGCUCAUCCAGUGGUCAUAGACAUGCCAGAACACAAUCCUGGGCAGAUGGGUGGGACCAUGAGGCUUGGCAAGAGAAGGACACUCUUCCAUACCAAGAAUUCAAUCAUGAGGAAGCUGUACGGAGAUCACGACUUCCUGGAGGAGAGACACAGACACAGGUUUGAGGUCAACCCAGAACUGAAGAAGUGUUUUGAAGAGCAAGGUUUGAAGUUUGUAGGCCAGGAUGAGGAGGGAGAGCGAAUGGAAGUGAUUGAGUUGGAAGAGCAUCCUUUCUUCGUUGGGGUUCAGUAUCACCCUGAAUUCCUCUCCAGACCCAUUAAGCCAUCUCCUCCCUACUUCGGCCUCCUCUUGGCCUCUGCAGGAAGACUCACACAUUACCUCCAGAAGGGCUGCAGGCUCUCACCCAGGGACACCUACAGUGACAGAAGUGGCAGCAGCUCACCUGACCUGGAGAUAACAGAGCUGAAGUUCCCAUCAGUAAAUCAUGAUGAUUCCUGGUAACUUUGAAUGACCUCAACCUCUUUCCUUAUGGAAACCUUUUCCUUGCCCAGCUGCCUCCUUGCAGCUGAACAUUUCACAUCAGGUGGUAGAAAACUGGCACCCCAUGAGAAGUGCUGAUGCUCACACACGUGUUCCAGCUGUGCUGCGGGAUGUGUGUCUGGGUAGCAGAUGUGUUUCCUUAGCAAAUUGACACAUAAUAAAGUAUAAAAAUACA